AUGCUCUCUUUUCUCCUCUUCUCGUUGACUGCCCUUCGAGUCGUGCACGCUUGGGGAAACCUGGGCCAUGAAACCGUCGCCUACGUCGCAACGCACUACGUAGAAUCUCACACAAAGCAAUGGGCCCAAGCAAUUCUGGGGGACACCUCAACAUCCUACCUCGCCAACGUUGCCACCUGGGCCGACUCUUACCGCUACACCACAGCUGGAAAAUUCAGCGCCCCAUUCCACUUCAUCGACGCCCAAGAUGAUCCCCCAAGCAGCUGCAAUGUAGACUACGACCGCGACUGCGUCGGAACCGGCUGCGUAGUCUCCGCAAUCGCAAACUACACCCGUCGAGUCCAAGAACCAGACUCCCUGGACUCCGGCGAAAUCGAAGAUGCCUUGAAAUUCAUCAUUCAUUUCGUCGGAGACAUCACCCAACCUCUCCACGACGAAGCCUACGAAGUCGGAGCAAACGACGUCGACGUGACUUUCAACGGCGACAGCACCAACCUGCACCACGUUUGGGAUACCAACGCCCCCGAACAGUUACGUGGAGGCUACACCCUCAGCGAUGCCCAAGCCUGGGCCGACGACCUCGUCACACAGAUCGAAGCAGGCAAUUUCAGCAGCAAACCUUCCACCUGGAUCCAAGGCCUCAACGUCGACGACGCGAAGACCACAGCCCUGUCCUGGGCCACCGACGCCAACGCCUACGUCUGCAGCGUCGUGAUGCCCGACGGGGCCCAAGAACUCGAAGACGAAGCUGAUCUGUACCCCAGUUACUACGACGGCAUCACGGAUACGAUUGAAUUGCAGAUUGCCAAGGGAGGGUAUCGAUUGGCGAAAUGGCUGGAUGCCGUCGCUGCGAAUCAGGACGUUCCGAAUUCGAAGAAGAAGAGGCGAGAUUUUGGCGUGGAAUCGAUGGAUUUUUUGAUGGGGCGGGAUUUGCUUGGGAAUAGGAGGGAGGAAGCAUUGACGCCUGCGCAGAGGAGGAGAGCCGCGGUCGGUUGGGGGUGUGGGCAUGCGCAUUAG